AUGACUCUUCCUUCUGGCAUCUAUCGUAUCACCCAGUGGGGGUCCCAUGAUCAGCCUCAGGUUUUGACCCUUCAAGAUGAACUCGUCACCGUCCUUCCUCCUGGUGCGGCGCCUGAAAAGGAUCAAGAGUGGGGAGUCAGGGUUCGAGAGGAUGGACUCGUCGCCACUGUCCAGAACCCUGCCAACCUCUUUCCUUCUAGAUCCCUUUCUUAUGAAGGAGACGCGGAGAGGGGCAAAAGGGUCAUCCCAGGGCCCUUCACUGACUUUCCAACCCGUUUCUGGCGCGUUGAACCUGCACCGCAGCUGCCUUUGCCUGUACCUUACUUUAUUCGAGUUCCCGACAAAGAUCUCAUUGCCGCAGUCUCCGACAUCCUCAUUUUUCCACCCGCGCUCGCGCUUGAGACCGGUAGCUUCGAUCUGAAGAAUGCAUGGGCAUUUGAACUCCUCCGCCCAAAUUAA